AAACUUAGUUCUGAAAUGGAAAAGAGUAAUCGUGUUACAAUUGAAAAUAGGAGAGUCAAAAAACUGUCUUGGGAUGUGCACUUCUGGCUUGGAUCAGAGACGUCUACUGACGAGGCCGGAUCUGCAGCUAUUUUCACUGUCCUUGAUGAUUUGUUGAACGGGGGUCCGAUCCAACACCGCGAGGUGCAGGACCACGAGUCACAGUUAUUUCUCGGCUACUUCAAAAAUGGUAUUCGCUACCAACAGGGCGGCGUCGGAUCUGGUUUCAAACACGUAGAGAGCAAUGCCCAGGGGGAGAAGCGACUAUUUCAGGUCAAGGGGAUGAACAAGGGCGAUUGCUUUAUUUUAGAUGCCGGAAGCGAUAUAUAUGUCUACGUGGGCUCCCAGGCAAAGCGAGUCGAGAAACUGAAGGCAAUAAGCGCUGCAAACCAGAUCAGAGACCAGGAUCACAACGGUCGAGCCCGAGUUCAAAUCAUCGACGAAUUUAGCAUUGAUUUCGAUAAACAGCAUUUCUUUGAUGUGCUUGGGUCGGGUUCAGAUGACAAGGUGCCUGAGGAGUCAGCCUCCGACGAGGAUGGUGCGUUCGAGAGGUUAGACGCCGCAGCGGUUAUCCUCUACAAGGUUAGCGACUCCAGUGGCAAAUUGAAAGUCGACGUAAUUAGCCAAAAACCAUUAACCCAGACUAUGCUGGAUACACACGAAUGCUUUAUCCUUGACACCGGUUCCGGAAUAUUCGUUUGGGUCGGAAAGGGCGCCUCUCAAAAGGAGAAGACUGAUGCCAUGAUCAAAGCACAGGAGUUUUUACGCAGCAAAAAGUACCCGGCGUGGACUCAAAUUCACCGCAUUGUGGAAGGCGCUGAGUCUGCACCAUUUAAGCAGUAUUUUGCUACCUGGCGUGAUGUUGGAAUGGCGCAUACUCGUCUCAUUCGCUCGGCUUUGGACAUCGGCUCUUAUGAAUCACUAGAUGUCGACCAAAUCGACGGUGUGGUGUCUCAGAUGAAGAAGAGCGGCGGUCGGGCCUUCGGCUUCAUGCCUGAUCAUGGUCAAAACUGUAUUGAAACCAUUACCCAGUAUGUUACUAAGACUGGCUCUGAUGAAAUCUUAACCAACACCGUGUCUUUUGAGGAGAGCGUCCCCCUUCAGGGAUUCGCUUCAUAUGUUCUCACUUAUAACUAUGAGGACAAUACCGGAGACACUGGUUUCAUAACGUAUGUUUGGCAGGGAAUAAACUCUUCCUCCGCCGCAAAGAAGCGUGCCGUGAAGAUGGGUCUAGAUGUCGCAGAAAAGCAGGAAGGUCUUUUUGUGUUGGUCAACCGGCACGAGCCUCGCCACUUCUAUAAGAUAUUUAAAGGACAGUUGAUAACAUCCUACACGGCACUCCCGGUAGCUGCACAACUUUUCCGCAUACGAGGCACUGUAGAAAGCGAUGUGCAUGCCAAUGAGGUACCUGCUGAAAGUUUAUCCUUCGCCUCGCGUGAUCCCUUCGUCCUUCUUUCUGGACAUUCCCACAGGAUAUAUAUUUGGAACGGCAUGGGCGCAUCUGCCUUUGAGAAAAAAGUUGCCUUAAAUCGCUUCUCCCUGUACUGGGAUGACGUUGAGUUUGAGAAUGUGGAGGAGGGUGCGGAAUCAGAUGAGUUCUGGGAGGAGUUAAACGGCGAAGGCCAGUACGAUCGGAGCUUGAGCGAUCCAGGGGCACCGCUGCUGGAUCCGCGCCUUUUCCAUUGCCGUUUAAGCUCUAAUGAAUUUAUUAAAUUUGAGGAAGUGGCUAAGUACGAACAAGAGGACUUGGACUCCGAUGACGUCAUGCUAAUGGAUGCUGGAGAUGAGCUCUACUUAUGGGUUGGCUCUUGCACGACUGAUGAGGAAAAUUCGAAGUUUCUAGAUAUGGCUAAGGUGUAUAUUCGAGCGGAGCCCACAGCGCGUUCCAUCGACACGGUGACCGUUAUCCGCGUCCCUCAGGGCAAGGAGCCCAACGUUUUCAAGCGCAUGUUUCCUAGCUGGGAUAACAAUUACUGGAAGAACUUGCCCUCCUAUGAAGACAUAAAGCGAAGUGUUUUUGAUGCCAACAAUAAGGUGUAAAACAUUCUAAAUACUGCUGAAUAAAAUGUACCAAAAAAACUGUGUUUGUUAUGUAUUGUUAAGACCUUUGC